AUGAAAUUGGGCAAAGAACUAGGGGCUGAUAGUUAUAUUGGAUGGCUCCAAGAGAAAAUUCCAGAAUUGGAGAAAAGUCCAAAUGCACCCAAUGAAGAGACUCUGAAGCACUACAAACGGCAAGUGGAUUUCCUGCGAGGCGUCAUUGAGGCGGAGAAAUGUACGAAGGUGCUAGACUCAGGCACAGCAACGCAGAUGAUACCACACGGGCCAGCCACGACGAGCGACCACACUGUUACCCAGCAGAUUCACCAGCGCACGCAGGCUAAGACCACCAACCGGCUACGACAAGAUCUUCUAGGUCUUGACCCUGAUGGAGAAAGCGAGCUGCACCAGCGCAAGGGAGCCUAUGGAGGGGAUGUGAGCGCGGACGACUUCCAGAGAAAGAUGCUGAAUGACGAGCAGAAGCGCGAAAAGAUGGUGGAGGACAUGAUCAUCAUGACGAGAGAGUGGAAGGAGCAGUCAAAGAUCGCCAACAAGAUUAUUAAGAAGGACAUAGAUGCUCUGGACAAGUCAUCGAAGGUGGCCGACUCCAAUCAGACGCAUCUGAAGGUCGAGGCCAACCGGCUAGCCGAGUACAACAAACGAGCGUGCAACUUCUGGAUAUGGAUCAUGAUCAUCAUUGUGUGCUUUACAUUUAUUGCUUUAUAG